UGUUGACUCAUCAGUGUCGCCUCCCCCUGUCAAGGUGAGGAAACUACUUUUUCUCCUCCCAAUUUAAAUGGAUGUAACAUGGCCAGUGAGACAAACAUCUUGUUAACUAAAUAAACUAAGCGAGAAGAAAUAUGUCGCUGUUAAAAAUGGAGGUUUCGUGUAAUAAGUUCCAGGCCAACGUGUUUGACCAAAGCAGAUGCCAGAACUGUUUCAAGUCCCGCGUGGGGCACGUGCUGACGCGCGAGGAAAUGGAGCAGGUGAAACCUAUCUAUGCCAGUUGGCUCUGCCUUGCCCCUGAAGGGUUGGACUUCAACAAUCCAAUGCAGCGAUCCAGGAAGUGGCAGCGUCGUUUUUUCAUCCUGUAUGAGCACGGCUGUCUAGAGUUUGCUCUGGAUGACUUGCCAAGUACAAUUCCCCAAGGAACCGUGAACUUGCAUCAUUGCAGUGAUGUGAUUGACGCAGAGGGCAGAACAGGACAGAAAAACACACUGUGCAUCAUCACUUCAGACCAAGAUAUUUACAUCCGUGGAGACAGCAAAGAGAUCGUCAAUGGUUGGUGUGAGCAGCUUCUAGCUUUCCGACAGACUAAUGAACAAAGGCGAAGGAAAAAAGGAAGCAGGAUGCCUGUUCCCUCACAGGAGAUAGCAUCUACAAGGAAAUCAGUGUGUAAAGUCGGAGUUGCAAAGGCAGAAACAGUAGAAGAUGAACUGUGUAAUUCAGGGGAGGAAGAAGAUCCAAGUAAGGAAACUGAGGAAGUGAACAUAGCCUUGGAUGUGAAUGUCACCCCUGCUGAUGCUGAUUCCCCCGUCUCAAGCAAGUGCACUAAAGAAAGAUUUGAAAAGGACAUUAAACAGAAGAUCGACAAUGUAGUCACACACCAAGCUGAGGGUGGAUCAGUUCUUCAGUUGCCCUUUGAGCAUCAUUCGACCUCUCUCCACAGCCCUGAGCCAAGGAAAGCUGUGACCGGUGACCUGUCUCCAUCUGAUUUGCCUCUCAACAGAAGUGCUUUACAUGCUCUCUGUUGGCAGGAGGAUGAUACAGAGAGCUGUGCUAAAGAACAUCCUAGGGCUUCAUCAUUAGCAAAGCAUAUGACACAAGAUGAAGAAAAUAAUACUGAAAAACUCCAAAUGGGGUCACAACAAGAUAAGAAGGGCAGGGAUUCUUGUUUGAUCGAGAGCAGCAUCACUGAUGACUUCUGGCAUAAUGAAUAUGACAAUCAGUGUAAAAUGUGUACACAGUGCAGCAGCAGCAGAAGUCACACUGGCCACAUCCAGAACACGGAGAAGUCAGUAGGACUGCUGGAAGCACCACAAAGCAACAGUCUUUCUCUUAGAAGACUGCAGACGGUAGAAGUCAAAUCUUCAGAGUCUACCAUGACGCCAGACCUUUUGAACUUCAAAAAAGGGUGGCUCUUCAUGGAUGACCACGAUCAGUGGAGGAAGUACUGGUUCAUCCUGUCUGCUCAUAGCCUACAUUAUUACUUUGACUCUGGAGCAGAGGAGUUGGUAGGAGAAAUUGACCUGACGUCUUGUCAUAGAGUGACUGAGCUUCAUGAUCAGAGGAACUUUGGCUUUGAAAUAAGGACUCAUAGAAUGGUCUACAAGUUCUACAGUACGACUGCUGGGAUGCGACAAAACUGGAUCCAGGCUAUUGCAAAGAACAUUCAGGAUCAGAAUGCACCAGAUGUUGCCAGCAUUCCAGAUAACUGGCUGUCUAGAGUGGGCUCUCGCUCUGGGCCAGAUGUUACUCAAGAAUCCAUGUCUUUGUCUUGCCUUCUCAAUGACGAGUGCUGUGCAAAAAGGAGGUCUGAGUACUAUAGGUGCCAAGGCCGCAAUAAAACCUCCAACUGGACUGACACGUUAACCCAGCCGGGGACCAGAGAACAAGAGCGGGAAGUAAAUUCUGCAGAGCAGGGUAUCAGCAGGCGAAGGGGAAGAGAGGAGCGCAGGCAAAGGUAUGCCAUCGUGAUGGGGUCUUCAGUAUGCAACUUGGAUGAGAGGAACUGGUCCACACAGGAGAAUCAGCAGCAAGAGAGAAUGAGGCAGAUUGAAGAAUAUUGGCUGCAGGUGGAGCAGAUGGCUAUCAGCGAGGAGAGGAAGGUGCUACUUUACCCAGAAUGCCAGAGUGAGGACUGCUUUGAAAAGAAGAAACUUCUAGAACAUUACAGGAAGAGGGGUGAAGAACUGACUAUCCAGUCAGAGUCACCAAAUGAGGACCACUCAGAAGAUCCUGAACAUGGCACAGACUGGAGUCUGGUGCAGGAGCUAACAUGUGACCUGGGAACAGAAUGGGAUCCUCCGAAGAUAAACAAAACCUCAAAUGAACAAAACCUCACACUGACUAACAAGUACCAAGACACCACAGGGCUGGACCUGAGAAGACAACAAAUCAGUGACCUGCUGGACCUUCAACCUUUAUCCCAGUCGAGGACUGAAUUCACAAAUGAACCUAAAACAGAGGGAGAACCCAAUCUGCUGCAUGACAGUAUAACUUCUGCCGAACCUAUUAAGAGUCUCCGAUCACUUGCUUUGUGGCAGGCAAGAAAGCCCCGAAUAUUCAGUGAAAGUACUUCGUUAAUGAUAAGUGAAGAUAAAUAUUCAGAUCAAGCCAUGGUGAAGCUGUUAUCUCAGGAAGUUGAGUUACUAAACAAACAAAACCAGGACCUUAACCAGCGGAAUCAAGAACUGUUAAACCAGCUAGCUGAAGCAGACCGAGAGAUAGACAGGCUUAAGUCAGAACUUUUCCACCAGCUAGAACUGGAGUCCAUUGUGGAGUGUUUGGAAUCAGACUUGGCCAGGAGCUGUGGGAAACUCCAGGAAGCAAAGGCCCAGCUAGCAGAAAUGGAGGACAAUCUGAAAGACUCUCAUCAAACUCUACAGUUGAAAGAGGCUAUGCUCAGAGAUCUGGGAUCAUUAUCCAUGGACAGUGAAAACAAAAUAGCAUUUCCAGAAAUAGUUGAUAGACUCCGCCAGUGUGUGCAGGUGAUGGAGUUCAAAGUCUCUGAGCUGGUAAGCCAACAAUGGCUGUCAACUCUGACUUGCAACGACCUGCAGACACAGAAAACCUUUCUUGUGAAAUCAGAUGUUGAGAAUGGUCAGAAGGUAACGGAGUAUGGCGAGAUGUUGGAAAAUGUGGAAGAAUCUAAUAUACCUCUUUCUGAAGGAUUGGCACACAUUAAAGACCAGCAGCAUCAGAACAGAAUAGAAACCGUGGCAGCAGAGUUAAAAAAGAGGUCCAAUUUGUUUAGUUUGUUACUAGAAGUGAUCAGUCAACUAGCUGGAAAUGAGCUGACUGAUUCUGUCUCAGAGUAUGAAGUUAGACAGAAAAACCACAAAGUGUUAAGGAGACUACAGUUGGAAAAUAACAUUUGGAAAAGCUUUGUGAACACCUUAAAGAACACUACCUCUUAUAGCCCGGAGAAUGAGGAAGCUGCCUGUCUACUACAGAGUACCGAGAUGAAACUAGAGGAAGUUAAAAUGUACCUCAGCCUUUACAAAAGUACAAGUAGUAACCCUCUAAGCAGCAGUUCAGGACUAGAUAAUACAUCUUCAACUAGCCCUGAAAUUGUUAGUAUAAAUAAUGGAAUAAUGGAAAAGAAGCAAAAGGAUGUAAUGUGGAAAGAUCUGAAAGAGCACAUGGAGCAGAGAUUGAUCCUGAUUGAUCAUGUAACUAAUAAUAAACAGUUUUCUGAGAUGAUAAAAUCACAUCUAAAAAGUCAUGUUUGGAAUAAAACAAAUAUGUUUUAUCCGAUGAUCAGUGUAGCCAUGGACAUCCUGGCUGCUUAUUUGGUAGAGAAGCUUAGUUGCUCUGUAAUAACGCAAAAAUCUGUAGAGAUACAAACUGAAAACCAAGAGAUGGAACAGAACAACAUGGCUGUGGUCAAUGAAGGCACCGGAAACGAAACAAUUACCAGUUUGAAAAAUCAUAUUAAGGAGCUGGAGCACACGCUAUCUGAAAGACUGAUGUCUCUACAACAGCAACAUGUGAAGGACAAGGAGAGACUGAAGGCUGCAUUUGAGCAGAACAUUAUCUUGUUGAAGAAGUCUCAUAGGAAAGCCACAGAAGUCCUUUUGCUCAAACACCAGCGAGAUCAGGAAUUGUUACAGGAGGAGAAAGAAAGACUUCUAACUGAAGACUUGUCCGACUGUCUCACUGUUAUUGAAGCCAUGAAGAGAGCCCAUAGAGCUGAGCUGGAGAAAAUGCUACAGGAGAAGACCUAUAAUGGUGACGCGAAUAUUGAUGUGAUUUUAAAAAGUCACAGUGAGGAGUUGUCAGCAGUUCAGAGGGACCUGGAUGCAUUGUCUGAGCAGUACACACAAAAAUGUCUGGACAAUGUGCACCUGGCUGAAGCUCUGCAAGCAGAGAGAAAUUCUCUACAGCAGUAUCAGUAUCAAACCCUAGCACUUGGUGUUUACAAUCAGGAGCUAAAAAAUCACCUUGCUGAGGAGAUGAUGAGAUUGUCAACAGUGGCACAGGAUGGUUCUAUUCAGUCGGUUCAUGAUAGAGACCGAUAUGAACUGAUGAUCAAGCUCCAGGUAAAAGAGUCCUGUCAGGAGCAGGAAAUUGACACUUUAAAAAACGAACUCAAUGCUUCCAAAAUGGAUCAAAAGUUUGCAUCAGAGAGAUUACAUGAAAUACAGACAGAACUCCGCUUGGUCAAGGAGACGGCAGAACAACAAAUUUCACAACUUAAGGAGAAUCUGAGACUAGUUUAUGAAGCAUUAGAAGAGUCUUUAAAGAAAAUGACGCCAACAAUGCCAAUGGCUGGUUCCUAAUAGCCUGCACUAUUUAAAAGCUGACAAAUGUUAAUUACCUUUUCCAUAACUGAUAUUUGUAAUUCAACAGAUUUUAAUAGGAUACCAAUGAAGUUGUUUGUGUAGCUUAUCAGUGCAAACGAUGAGAUCAGACAGCCUUUAAUUGGUGUAAAACUAAUCAACUAAACAUACACAGUGUUUCCAUGAACACGUCCACUCUAUACUCUAAAAGAAAAGAAAGGUUCUUUGGAUAAUGGGUUCCACAGUCUUUGAAAGAUGCAGGUCCAAUACAUGUGUAAAAUCUUUUAAGGGCAAGCCAACAAAUAUAUUUACCAAGAAUAUUAAUCAUUCUGUUGAUUCUGUUUGUAUCUUUGUAUUUGUAUUGUUCAUUGUUGCUGUCAAAAUCUUGCAAAUUCUUUUUGAUUGGAUUCACCACUCAUUAAGACACCAUUGCAGAAAGAUAUUACUACGUAUUUUCCCUUGUUAAAAUGUCAGGAUUUUGUGAUUAAAAAAGAGAGUCAGAUUUUUUUCCACCCUCAAAGUGAAAUUACAACGUACAAAAAUGAUUAAACAGAUAAAGAUGGAUAAGAUUUCAUCAUGGCACAUCUUGACUUGGAAAUAUUUUCUUACUUGCUGAAAUGUGAAAUUUCUUUUUCACUCCAGCUUAAUAUCAAACACAUGAAUGUUUUGCACUUUAAAUUGUCUUUGUAGCCAUUCGUGCUUCUCUCCACUUUGUUAAAAUUCCCAUCAUUCCCAUGAUGCUGCUAACACCAAGCUGUCUCAUUAGACCAUAACAUUUUGAAAAACGGUUUGGGGUGGUUGGCCACCCAACCCCAUAGCCCUGACAUGAAGACAGUAAGAGAUGUCACGUGCGCUAUAGUAAUCGGUAUCAGGUAUUGCUAUAUGUUUAUAAUGCAUUAUAAUGUUGCUGUAUUCCUAAUUUACACUUAUGCAACCAGGUUACAAGUUUUUUCUAUAUUCACUUCAAAAUGUUUUUCACUCAAUUUUUAUAUGUUGUAAUUUCAAAAAGUAGAAAAGGUUGAUUUAUCUUGGUUUCAUAUGUUUACACAACAAAAUCCUGAAAAUUUAACAGGAGACGGGAAACCUUUUAUACCUGUUGUAUUGUCUCUACUAAGGUGUGCUGUACAUCCAAAUAUGUAUUGUAUAUUUCUACAUUUUGUUUUGUUUUUGUAGUGUUGUACAAUUUAUUUUGCCACAUGAGUGGUUUUGUGCAGUAAGGGAGGUGGUGGGCAUGGGCAAAAACAAUUC